CGGAGCUGCGCGGCCGCCAGUGUGCACCAGUGAAGCGAGAGGAGCGCUUGUUGGAGUCAACUAGACAGCCUACUGGCAACGAGUGGUGAUUUCUUUCUUUUUUCUGCCUCAACCAGGGUGGAUAUAGGCUACACUGCUUCUACUUUGCUGCAGCCCAACAUGAAAUGCUUUUUGUACAUAUAGGCUCUUGCAUCGGUUCCUCCCCACUUCCUUUUGGCUACAUUUACAACGGAUUUUUGUUGUUGUUGCAUGGACUAAUUAUCGGGAUAUCUGCUGCCUUUUCCAAGUGAGAUACGAGGAAAUGAAUUAGUAAGUAAAAGCUUCAAGACUUCGGACAGAAUGAAAGACUACAUCUGCUGGAAAUAAUAAUAAUAAAAAAAAAGGUAAUCGGGACUUCAGUGAUGUGAUGAGACAUUCCUGCAAUCGCACCCCUGUUCUUUAGGCAAAGAUAUCGGGACUUAAGCUGUUGAAUAAUUUUGUGACUGCAGAUCAUUUUAGCUUUUUUUUUUUUUGAUCAGAUGUGCAGUUUGAAAGCAUAUAGCCGAAGAGGAAAUUGUAUCACUGCUUGUAAUAUCACCCACAGAGCAAGAUGUUUAUCCAAAAUGCGACUUAAAUAUUUGCUGGCAUCAAAGCGGAGAAUUUAACACGGACUUUUUGAACCCCAUUACUUCAUCUGCACGGAAGAUUUAAAAAUUGUGUGGACCUAAGUAUUUUUCCUCCUUUCAGGCCACUUGAAAAUGGACAGUUCAUCAUAUGAGUCAUAUGUAAGACCAGUUUGCCGCUUGAGAAGAGCUGCACGGAUUUACACGGUUAAAUCACUGUUGUGAGAAUAUUGAGCAUGUUUUCACAGAUCUGUCGUACCCAAUGUUUCGCCCGCUGCAGUAGACCGGAGGAUGUGCUCUGCCUGAGAAGAGUAAAAUAGGCUAAGGCACUUGUUACAAUUAUAGCUUUCACACAAUGAUAUAAUUUACAUACAUAAGAGCUAGGCUAUUCGUCACCCAAACACUUUACUGGACAUUUGAAUGAGAUGAUUAAUUUGGAACAGUUUUCCUGUUUUUUUCUGACGUGCAUUCUUGUGCGUAAAUAUCAAGGUCCUUAUUAGGCAGUGAAAACUCAACAGGUACAAUGCAAACCAAGGAGAUGGAAUUAAUACAAGUAAUUGCUUUCUUCCUCUUAUUCUGGGUCGGGGCUGAGGCUGUAAUCAACCUAAAGUAUGGAAUAAACGAGGAGAUGAAGCCCGGGUCAGUAAUUGGAAACGUGACAAAGGACGCACUAAAGCAAGGAUUUGAGAUUUCACUGCAGCCCCCAUACUUAAAGGUUAUUUCUAAUUCAGAGCCACGAUGGGUGGAACUCAGUCCAGCCGGAAUCCUUACAACCCAAAUGAAAAUAGAUCGGGACGUAGUUUGUCGACAGAACCCAAAGUGCAUUAUUUCCCUAGAAGUGAUGUCAGACUCUAUGGAGAUCUGUGUCAUCAAAGUUGAAAUUGAGGAUUUAAACGAUAACGCACCUAGAUUCCCAACGAGCCACAUUGACAUUGAAAUUUCUGAGAAUGCCUCCCCUGGUACCAGGUUUCCCCUAGAGGGGGCAAGCGAUCCGGACUCGGGGAUCUUUGGAGUGCAAUCAUAUUCCAUCACCCCAAAUGAGCUUUUCGGACUAGAAAUAAAGACCAGAGGGGAUGGGACCAAAAUUGCUGAGCUUGUUGUGCAAAAGUCGUUAGACAGGGAGACCCAGUCCCACUAUACAUAUGAAAUCAGCGCAGAAGAUGGAGGAGACCCUCCUAAGAUAGGCGCGGUCCAGUUAAAUAUCAAGGUAAUUGAUUCUAAUGACAACAACCCCGUUUUUGACGAGCCAGUGUAUACUGUUAAUGUGAUGGAGAAUUCCCCCAUCAAUACAUUAGUGGUAGACUUGAAUGCAACGGAUCCCGACGAGGGCACUAACGGAGAGAUUGUGUACUCGUUCAACAGUUACGUCACCGAGAAAACGAGGGAUACGUUUAAAAUUGACCCCAGAACUGGGAUCAUCACUGUCAACGGUGUUUUGGAUUAUGAAACGGCGCAAAUAUAUGAAAUCGACGUCCAGGCCAAAGAUUUAGGUCCCAACUCUAUCCCAGCUCACUGCAAAGUCACAGUGAAUGUGAUGGACACGAACGAUAACCCACCUGUCAUCAGUAUACUCUCACUGAACACAGAGAUGGUCGAAGUUAGUGAAAACGCGCAGCGUGGAUAUGUCAUAGCGCUAGUGAGGGUGUCAGAUAAGGAUUCUGGGGCAAACGGCAAAGUGCAGUGCAGGCUGCAGGGCAAUGUUCCUUUCAGACUUCAAGAAUACGAGAGCUUCUCCACUAUACUUGUUGAUGGCAGGCUGGACAGAGAGCAAAAGGACACAUACAACCUGACUAUCCAAGCGGAGGACAGUGGCAUGCCUCCUUUACGCGCCACAAAGUCUUUGGUAAUCAAAGUCACAGAUGAAAAUGACAACCCUCCCCACUUCCUUAAACCACACUAUCAAGAGAUGGUGAUGGAAAACAACCUUCCUGGUUCAUGUCUGCUAGCAGUGUCAGCAGAAGACCCGGACCUGGGGAUGAAUGGCACAGUUUCCUACUCCAUAGUCCCCGGUGAGAUUAAGCACAUGGAUGUAAACACAUAUGUCAGCAUAAACCCAUCAGGCCGCAUUUACUCCAUGAGAUCAUUCGACCAUGAAUACACCAGGACUUUUGAUUUCAAAGUGUUGGCCAGAGACAAUGGUAAUCCCUCUCUGUCGAGUAACGCCACGGUGCGUAUUGUUGUCUUGGAUGUCAACGAUAACACACCUGUUAUGACAAACCCUCCACUAGUUAAUGGCACAGCGGAGGUUUCCAUCCCAAGAAACGCUGGGGUGGGUUACAUGGUGACCCAAGUCAAAGCAGACGACUAUGAUGAGGGGGAGAACGGGCGGCUGGCCUACACCAUCUCAGAGGGGGACAGGGCUUUCUUUGAAAUCGACCAGGUGAACGGAGAGGUGCGCUCCACCAGGAUGUUUGGAGAAAACGCCAAAUCCACCUACGAGAUCACAGUGGUGGCGAGGGACCACGGCAAGCCCUCCCUGUCCGCCUCGGCCUACAUCGUGGUGUACCUGUCUCCAGACCUGAACGCACAGGAGUCUAUUGGACCUGUCAACCUGUCCCUCAUCUUCAUCAUCGCUCUGGGCUCUAUCGCAGCCAUCCUGUUUGUCACUAUGAUAUUUGUGGCGAUCAAGUGCAAGAGGGAUAACAAGGAGAUCCGGACGUACAACUGCAGUUUCUUCUACUUGCGCAGGGUGGCGGAGUACUCAUAUGGCAACCAGAAGAAGUCCAGCAAGAAGAAGAAGCUGAGCAAGAACGACAUCCGCCUGGUGCCACGUGACGUCGAGGAGACAGACAAGAUGAAUGUGGUGAGUUGCUCGUCUCUCACCUCCUCGCUCAACUACUUCGACUACCACCAGCAGAGCCUGCCGCUGGGCUGCAGGCGCUCCGAGAGCACCUUCCUCAACGUGGAGAACCAGAACUCACGCAAUGCAGCUCCCAACCAUGGCUAUCAGCACCCGUUCACUGGGCAGGGCCACCAGCAGCCAGACCUCAUCAUCAACGGCAUGCCACUGCCAGAGACGGAGAAUUAUUCCAUUGACUCCAGUUACGUGAACAGCAGAGCCCACCUCAUUAAAAGGCCCCCAUGUAGCACGUCGACAUUCAAGGACCUGGAGGGGAACAGUCUGAAGGACAGUGGCCACGAGGAGAGCGACCAGACCGACAGUGAACAUGAUGUCCAGAGAGGACACUAUGUUGACACGGCUGUCAAUGACGUGCUGAACAUGACUGUCCCCCCCAAUGUUUGCCAGCUGCCAGACCAAGAUCCCAGCGAAGGCUUUCACUGCCAGGACGAGUGUCGCAUCCUAGGCCACUCUGACCGCUGUUGGAUGCCUCGUGUCCCAAUCCCGGCUCGUGCCAAGUCACCCGAGCACGGCCGUAACGUCAUCGCUUUGUCUAUCGAGGCCACCACAGUGGACGUGCCCCACUACGAGAAUGGCACCACCAAGAGGACUUUUGCCACCUUCGGCAAGGAUGGGCCUGAGGACGUGGAACGGGGAGAGUUUAAGGGAAAGCGGACUCAGGAGUCUCAGGUGUGUAGCCCCAAGGCCAAUGGAGGGGCUGUCCGUGAAGCUGGCAAUGGGCGCGAGGCAGCCAGCCCCAUCACUUCCCCUGUUCACCUGAAGAGCCCAGUGUCCAAGCCGUCGUCUGCCUACAACACGCUGAAAGGCCGCGAUGCAGAGCGAAUCGCCAACCACAGCCUGCUGCGGCAGCCGGAGGGGAAGGACAGUGAGCCAGCUGUCAGGGAGAUCAACACGCUUCUCCACGAUGGCCGAGACAAGGAAUCCCCCAGCAGCAAGCGCCUGAAGGACAUUGUGCUUUAGCGAGCUUCUGUAUGACACACACCAACAUUCAUAAAACACGCCGUGUAAACUCACAUAUAUGUACCCCGCAAUAGCUGUGUGUACAGGAGAAGAAAGUCAGGCUGUGGGAGUAUAGAGACACACCCAUUUGCAGUAUACAAUAUUGAAGAGCCAGCUCGUGCUGAGGAUGAUGAACUGUAGUAUGCUGCAGCUAGUUGUGUGCUUAAGCCGAGGUAGUGGAUGUGGCUUUGUUGUAGUCGCAGUACUUUUUCCUUGUUUGCGUUUUGUUCCGUUUUCUUCCUAUCCGUCUUCAAGGAGUGGACAGGCAGGUUACUGUUGACUGCAUGGACAAUGGCCAGUGGACCUCUCCAGCGCUUGCGCCGAAGCAGGACACUGCGUGUUUGGACACCUGAGGUGCCAAUUCAUAAGUACAUUUAUGCCUUUUGAACUACUUUUGUAUCACAAACUGAUAUUUGCCUUCUUUGGUUUUGCAGUUUUGUUCUAGCUGCCAAAAUCGCUCUUUGUUCCUUUGUAUAGUGAGCUCCAUCAACGUUAUAAACGACAUACACAGGACUCAGUCUCAAAAUAUUCUCAAUUUACUCCUUCAACAGUUUUCAGUGCAUUCAGGGGAAGGAAAGAGAGGCCUCCCAGUCUCAUUUGCCUCUUCCCCUGACUAAAAAGAGAAACUUUAUCUGCGUAUCCCUGAGGACAUCCCAGUGUCAUCAGACUGUGAGGUCUUUACAGUAUUUAUAUUUUAUCAAGGAUGGAGCUAAAUGAACUCUCGCUAUCUGCCCAGCCGCUCUGAACACUGAAAGUGGGACAGACAUCCUUGUGUUCAGAUUGAGUUGUAUGAGAAAAAAAAAAAAAAGACUUACUGCUUUUAAAAUCUCCUGUGCCCAACCUUGAUUGUAGCCAGAGGAGCACAAAUUAGAACUUUGUGCUCUGGUCUUGUACUUUUUUUGACUUUUGACUAUGGGGCUAGGAUAGAAGGGAUCGUCACUCAUGUCUUGCUAUGUGAAACUCUCUAUAGGGUUUACUAUUACCAUUUUUAAUAACCUGUUGUUAUGUGACAAUCCCUUUAAUGUUUUGUUUCAAGAGAAAAAAACAAAUAAACAUUGGUGUUCAACUGAAGCUACAGUAGCGUUUGUUACACAAACACAAAAAUAAAAAAAAACAUAUAUGCCAAAAUAUAUUUUAUAAAUAAUUUAAAAAAUGUAUAAUGAGAAUAUUUAAUGCUGUGUAGUUAUUUUAUGAGUAAGUUAUACUUGAAAUUAACUUGCUUUUGUUCAUUUGUCUUUUGCUUUUAUAUUGAAUCGGAUUUGUUUUUUAUUUUCAAAAUGAACUUGGAUUAUUUUUUGUUUACUGUGUGACCCCUGGCAACUGUUGCAGUCUACCUUGUUGUAAAGAGUUUCUUAUUGGUCAGUUCUUGUGCCAUCAAGUUUCUGUGUGGGCUACUAGAAAAUGUAAAAAGACAAAAAAAUAAAAAAAUUACAAAAAAAUAAGCGAUAUCAGCACCAACAUUAGUGUGUCAGUUCAAUGAGCUUAGAGUGAGAUAGCAAAAGAAAC